AUGGAGCGCGGGACGGCCCAGGCCCGCGGGGGCGCGGAGCCCGGCUUCUUGCGGGUGCUGUCGGCGCCGAGCGGGGCGGCGGGGUCUUGCGCGCGGGUGCAGGAGCCGGACUUAAGGCAGUGGGGCCUGGCAGGGAUUACUUUGCGUCCUUAUCAGCUGGAGGGAGUAAACUGGCUGGCGCAGCGCUUCCUCUGUCAGAAUGGCUGCAUCCUUGGAGAUGAGAUGGGCCUGGGAAAGACCUGCCAGACCAUUGCUUUCUUCAUUUAUUUGAUUGGAAGACUAAAUGAUGAAGGACCAUUUCUGAUCCUUUGUCCUUUGUCUGUUUUGAGCAACUGGAAAGAAGAGAUAGAGAGAUUUGCUCCAAGUUUGUCAUGUGUGACAUACACGGGUGACAAGGAGGAGCGAGCCCGCUUACAGCAAGACCUCAAUCAGGAGCUUCAUUUUCAUGUGCUGCUAACUACUUUUGAGUUCUGCUUGAAAGACGCAUCAUUUCUAAAAUCCUUCUCUUGGAGUGUUCUUAUUGUGGAUGAAGCACACAGGUUGAAAAACCAAAGCUCCUUAUUGUAUCAGACACUUUCUGAGUUCUCAGUAACUUUCAGUCUGCUGCUGACCGGCACUCCUGUCCAGAACAGCCUCCAGGAGCUUUACUCACUCCUCAGUUUCGUGGAGCCUGAUACCUUUUCCAAGGAACAAGUGGAAGAUUUUAUUCAGCGUUACCGGAAUAUUGCGAAUGAGUCAGAAUCAGGCAAUGAACUGCACAAAGUCUUGCAGCCUUUUCUGCUGCGGCGAGUGAAAGCUGAGGUGGCGACAGAGCUUCCCAAGAAGACAGAGGUUGUGCUAUAUCAUGGCAUGUCUGUGCUGCAGAAAAAGUACUACAAGGCUAUUCUGAUGAAAGACCUAGAUGCCUUUGAUAAUGAGACGGCGAAGAAAGUUAGACUUCAGAAUAUCUUGUCCCAGCUUCGGAAGUGUGUGGAUCACCCAUAUUUGUUUGAUGGGGUGGAACCUGAGCCUUUUGAGGUUGGAGACCACCUGAUUGAGGCCAGUGGGAAACUUCAUCUGCUGGACAAACUGCUGGCAUUCCUGUAUUCCAGGGGCCAUCGAGUUUUGCUUUUCUCCCAAAUGACCCAAAUGUUGGAUAUUCUCCAAGAUUACAUGGAUUAUAGAGGUUACAGUUAUGAGCGUGUGGAUGGCUCUGUGAGAGGAGAAGAGAGACACCUCGCCAUCAAGAACUUUGGCCAACAGCCCAUUUUUGUCUUUCUCCUGAGUACGAGGGCAGGUGGUGUUGGCAUGAAUUUAACAGCAGCAGACACUGUGAUUUUUGUGGAUAGUGAUUUCAAUCCUCAGAAUGACCUGCAGGCAGCUGCCAGGGCUCACCGAAUUGGCCAGAACAAGACUGUCAAAGUUAUUCGGCUGAUUGGUCGUGAUACCGUGGAAGAGAUUGUGUACCGGAGAGCAGCCUCUAAGCUGCAGCUCACCAACACCAUCAUGGAAGGACAUUUUACUAUGGGUGCUCAGAACACUGUGGCCAGCCUCCAGUUGAGUGAGAUCCUCAAGUUUGGUUUGGAUAAACUGCUGUCAUCUGAAGGAAGCACUAUGGACACUGUGGACCUGGAAUCAAUUCUGGGGGAAACAGAAGAUGGCCAGUGGGUCUCUGGAGCCUUGUCAACCGCAGAAGGAGGAAACAGUGAGGAAGAGGAAGGAAAAAACCAUAUGUACUUCUUUGAAGGCAAAGAUUACUCUAAGGAGCCUAGUAAAGAAGACAGAAAAUCAUUUGAACAACUCGUGACUCUUCAGAAAACGCUGCUGGAGAAAACUAGUCAAGAGGGAUGGUUACUCCGAAACAAAGGCAGUGUUCUUGUCCCGGGUCUGCUGGAGGGCUCCACCAGAAGGAAGCGGGUUCUGAGCCCGGAGGAGCUGGAAGACAGAAGAAAGAAAAGACAAGAACUAGCAGCCAAGAGAAAGAGACUAAUAGAGGAGAAGAAAAGGAAGAGGGAAGAAGCGGAACAUAAGAAAAAGAUGGCCUGGUGGGAGUCCAACAAUUACCAGUCCUCCUGCCUGCCUUCUGAAGAGAGUGACUCAGAGGAUCUGGAGGAUGGGGAAGAUGAUCAGUCUGUCCCGCCAAGUGAGGAAGAUGCAGACGGGCCCUCCAUCAAGUACAUCAGUGGUGAUGUUACCCACCCACAGGCUGGGCCGGAAGAUGCUGUCAUCGUUCACUGCGUAGAUGACUCUGGUCGCUGGGGCAGAGGUGGCUUGUUCACAGCUCUGGAAACACGAUCUGCAGAGCCAAGAAAAAUCUAUGAGUUGGCUGGGAAGAUGAAAGACUUGAGUUUAGGAGAUGUUCUUUUAUUUCCCAUUGAUGAUAAAGAAUCAAGAAACAAGGGGCAAGAUUUGUUGGCCUUGAUUGUGGCUCAGCACCGGGAUCACUCCAAUGCCCUGUCUGGCAUUAAGAUGGCUGCCCUAGAAGAGGGUCUGAGGAAGAUAUUUUCAGCAGCAAAGAAAAAGAAAGCAAGCGUUCAUCUUCCACGAAUUGGAUAUGCCACAAAAGGUUUUAACUGGUAUGGCACUGAGCGACUUAUCAGGAAACACUUGGCUGCAAAAGGCAUCCCGACUUACAUAUACUACUUUCCCAGAAGCAAGACUUGACCCUUUUAGCAGGCAGCAGUGUCUGCUUCCUCAGGAUCCCUACCUGGUCCUGCAUCAGGUUCAGACACCAGCUAAUAGGAUAAUAAAAUAUUUGCUCAGAGUUGCUAUAGUAGCAUAUUUCAGAAAUUUGCAGGGCUUCUUGUUUUCUCUUGAAUUCUACUUUUGUUCUCCAGGAUGGUCUCUGAUUUGGUACCUGUAAUACAGGAUGCACAGCUUGUAAGGGAAAGUCCUUGGGCAGCUUGCCUGGACUAUCAGGGUGUUGCAGAACUAGUUUCAACUUAAUAAAUGUUCUGCCUUGAAUGGCUUUACUGUCCCC